GCCUAACUGUCUAUUAUAGGAGCACAAGCUUCAUCAGCAAGCUGAAAGAAAGCUUUCGCACAAGCUACAGCAGCAAUUCACAGUUGCGAGAUUUCUAAUCCAUGGAUUCUCCUCAGGAUGCCAAGUACUUGGUCGAAAUAGCACGCUAGCUGAGUAUUUCAAACUUCUCAGUACUUUGCCAAAUGCUAGUCUUAAAGUUCGUGUGCCAACUGCAAGCGGAAUGGGUAUAAUUCCUUUUUUUAAUAGGGAAAAUGGGUAUAAUUCCUUACAGGAAGAAGAGAAGAGUAAAUGGUAUGCAACUGGAGUUGAUAAACUCUGAAGCUUCACGAAAGCAGAGUGAGAUUCUUCAGGUUCUUAUUUCCAGUUGACAGCACAAGUUUCCCCCCAAACGGUACCAUGGGGAUCAUCAUCAGGUCACCAACUUGAGUUUGAAAUGUGCACUGCAUGGGAGCAUACAGGGAGAUUCUUUAGGUCCCAAUUAGUAGCAGAUAAUUUACCAACCGAGAAUCUGCUUUACCCGAAACUUUGCCGGACUCAAUCAUAUAGAGAACCAUAAUUAACGAAGUUUUAUCCACUGUCAUUGCCUUUUAUCCUCUUUAAAAGCACAUGAUACCGCUCUUAUCAUGACACCACCAGCUCAAGAUAGCUUCUUACAACACCAGGAUGGCUCAGAAUAGCUUCGUGCCUGAUGCCUGGGUUUGGAUCACCAGCCUCCCUCCAUUCUCCCAAUGGCACUCCAACAGCAUGUCCCUCUGCAUCUGCGCCACGCCAUCGGCAUCGGCGUUUUCCCCGCCGCCAUCGGUGAGCCUCUCGGCCGCCAAAGCACCUCCCUCCCACCAGCCUUCCUACCUCACCUUCUCCAUCUCCGCAAACUACCGUGAGCCAAUCUCGCUGUGGACAUCAAAACCGCUCCACCUGAAAACCAAGACACAACAAUCUCUGGACGAACAAGACAUGGUGCAGCUUUUCGUCGACAUCGUGAACCAGGUCCUGCGAUACGGACCUGAAAACAAGACCAACAACAACAAGCAGCCCUCCUUCCGGUUCCCGGGGUCGGCGCAGCGGCUUCUUCUGGAAGGCAGCUUCAACGACGCAUUCAACAUAGCUUUCCUGUCCCUGGCCUUCCUGGUCUGCAUCUACGAGGCUCCCCGUGACCUCCGCCGAGGGUGCCUGGACACGCUGAGAGCACAGCUGACGGGCUCCAAGUGCAGGGGCGCAGCGAAGACGCUCGUCAGGAUGCUUGGGGCAAACCUCGAGGAGCAAUGGAUGCAGACGAUGAACCUCGCGGUGACCAACUGGAUCGUCGAGCUCCAGCGGUCCUCGCGCCACCCGCUGAUCGGGGCGGCACCGCCGAUGUUCUCGUAUGCGGUCCAGGCAAGCGGGCUGUGGAAGGUCCAGCUCUACUGCCCGGUGAUCGCCAUGGGCAUGGAGGACCCUGCUGCAGCCGCAGCCACGCAGGACGAGCGGCUCCUCUUCUCGCUCACUUACCAGCAACUCGAAGGCGUGGUUCAGCUGGCCUACAGGACGGUCCGAAGGGAGAGCUGGGUCGACGUCGAGGUCAAGGUGGAUAACAUAAGGUGCGACGUGGAAUCUCUGGUCUCGGAGACACUCAUGGCGGAGCGAGGAUACGGGUCGGAAGAGAAGCAUUUCCCGUCCAGAAUCAUGCUACAAAUCACACCCAUGCAACAAACAGACAUACUCUCCGUCUCCCUCAGCAGGUCCUCCGACAACCCGACACACGAAUUCGGGCUCGAGAAAGGCCUCGAGGCCUCCUUCGAUCCCCCAAACACCUUCGGCCUCAAGGCGUCCGUCGCCGAGAGCCUGACGCUGGCCAUGAAGCCAUGGAAGUUCGAGCAGUCGGUGCACGGGAACACGGCCACCUUCAGCUGGUUCCUGCACGACGGCGUCAACGGCAGGGAGGUCUACUCGUCGAGGCCGUCCAAGCUCUCGCUGCUCCAGCCCAGGGCCUGGUUCAGGGACAGGUACUCGAAUGUGUGCCGCCCGUUUACGAAGCAGGGUGGGGUUGUCUUUGCGAGGGAUGAGUAUGGCGAUAGUGUCAGCUGGAAGGUCUGUGGCGCCGCGUUGGGGAAGACGAUGGAGUGGGAUGUUAGGGGGUGGAUUUGGGUUACCUACUGGCCUAACAAACAGAGGACCUCCCAUAGUGAGACCAGGUGGCUUCAGUUCAGAGAGUGCCUGCAACUUCCCCUUGCAAAUUAAUGAAUUAACCGUAAUGUAUUCAUCUCUGUACUGUUUUGAAUUAUUUACCUUGUAAAAAUAGUAAUUGUGUUUGUAUUUAUCAGAAAAAAUAUUGUUAAUUAGAUAAUAUAUGCAACAUGAUUUUUUUGUUA